ACGAGUAAUCCAUAUAACGAGAAUUUCUCCAGCGGCACUUUGACUGGUGGUGGGGGCGCACUUCUUGCGGGGAGUGUCAUCGAAAUCGGCACAGAUCUUGGCGGCAGCAUAAGGUUGCCUGCCCAUUAUUGUGGACUCUAUGCUAUGAGGUCUUCGAUAGGACAGUUUCCAUGUCAGGGCACGCAUGCCCCUGUACCUGGAUUAGAAACAGUGGCUACUACAUCUGCUCCGAUGUCUCGAAGACUGGAAGACCUUGAAGAAUUUUGGAAGCGUGUUGUGGAGAUGCGGCCAUGGGAGUAUGACCAUACGUGUGUUCCAUUACCUUGGCGACCCGUAAAUCUUCAAGAGACGAAGCUGAAGUUUGGAGUGAUUUGGGAAGAUGGCAUCGUUUCUCCCUCUCCUGCUUGUCGUCGUACUUUGGAAUGGGUCUGUGAUGCAUUGGAGAAGCAAGGUCAUGAAGUAGUUGAUUUGUGCGCUCGA